AUGGCUCACGACAGCAACUCGAUGGACGAAUCCCUAUCAUCAUUAGGUGACCGGAUUUGCCAGCAUUUUGUGCAGAGCAGAUUCGAUGAGCGCAGUCCGCCCUUCUUGCCAGAUGGCUGUAUUGAGAACCUCAUUACCGAGGGCGCGAUUUCUAACGAGCUUUUCGACGAAGACGAUGAUCCCCAAACACCAGAAAAGGCACUGAUACGCUUCGUCAAAGAAAAAGCAAAGAAAAUAUUUGCAAUCACAGUAGACGACCAUCCAGCCCACGUUGCCAUCAAAGAAAUUCUCGUCAACAACAACUUGCGUCACGAGAUCGAGAAGAACUACGAAGAUGAGCGGAAGGCACUUUCCGAGAUAACCGAUUUGCGGCACAACCAUAUCAUCAAACGAAUCGCUGCCAUUACUCGCGGAGAUAAACGGUAUUUCAUGUUCCAGUGGGCAGAUGGCGGCAAUCUGAGAGAGUUCUGGAAAGAACAAAACCGGCCUACUCUCACACCGGACCUGGUAAAGCAAACAAUCACUCAACUUUGUGGGCUUGCCGAUGCGCUGCAUGCCUUGCAUAAUUACAAGGAUCAAGGCAAUUACCGUCACGGAGACUUGAAGCCGGAGAACAUUCUCCGAUUCAGAGAUAGCACCUGUGUUGGCGUCCUCAAGAUUGCAGACAUGGGCCUUGCGAAACACCACAAUGAUGCUACGGCGGUACGGAAGAAAGCGACUAGUGCAAAGUAUGGUACAGUCCGGUAUGAGCCGCCCGAAGUUGUCACCAACCGUCUUGACAAGGCUAGGUCCAGACUCUACGACAUCUGGUCCAUGGGCUGCAUCAUGCUCGAGUGCGUCAUUUGGCUCCUGUAUGGCUACGAGGCAUUGGACAAUUUUGACGACAGCCUCAAUGAUGGAUACGAUUCCAGUUUCUUCAAGACCAAGGAUGUCGACGGGGCGCGAGUGGCAGAAGUCCAUCCCACUGUGGUGAAAUGGAUGGACUUGAUGGCUGCCGACCCGCAGUGCGGUAGAGACUCAGCUCUCGGUGAUCUACUCGGCCUCGUCAGGAACCGACUGCUCGUCGUUCCUUUGCGCAUUCAAGCGCCGACAAUAAUUUUGAACGGCACUGAUGAAAUACCAAUCAUUCAGGAAAACUUGGAGAGAUUUGUAUCCGUGACAAGCACCAGCCAAAACACACCCGAUCUCGGCGAGAUCGGCCCCUAUCGCGCUGACGCCAGAGCUAUGCGAUCUGGCUUGGAAACGAUUCUUCGAAAGGCAGAUUCCAACCAGACUUAUCUCCUUAGAUCAAAUGAUCGACAAACUUCUCAUGGCCCUGCAUUGGUUCCGCCAAGAUCUCAGUCUAACAGUUUGCUUUCACCAAUUGCCGCUGAAACGCCCAGAGGGAGCAACCUUUUUCCAGGCACGUUACAGGCACAACGUCAUGACGCAGUAAGCUCGUUUCAGCUGAACCGUGAAGGUUCUACCCUGAGGAUGUCGGGGAUUACCGAUCCGAUUCUGAGUAUUGUUCAUGAUCCAGCAUCGGACUUCAGAUUGGGUUUCCCAGACUUGCACCUCGCGGCCAUCCCAUGCACUUCGAAGUGCUACGACAGUGGCUUCAGAGCUGCGAUCAAGACUCGAGUCAUAAUUCGUCUAUGGGAAACAAAUGGUGCCCGUGGCAAGUAUCUGGCUUUGUCCCAUCCCUGGGGAGACCCUGCGAAACAUCGACAUUUCUGCACCUAUAUGAGCAAUAUUGAGAAGCACAGAAGAGGCAUCGGCUUUGAAGAUUUACCUGCUACUUUCAAAGACGCAAUCAUCACAACGAGAGAACUUGGCUUUCAGCAUCUGUGGAUAGACUCAAUUUGCAUCGUGCAGGGACCCGACGGAGACUUCAAGGAAGAGUCCAAACAUAUGGAAGACGUUUUCAGCUUUGCGUACUGCGUCAUUGCGGCCAGUCGCGCUACUGGGCAAGAGGAUGGAUUUCUUGGACCACGGCCCGGCAGGAACUACGUCACUUUCAGUCGAAACAGCAGUGGUAACUAUCAUGUCUGCCAGCAGAUUGAUGACUUCGAAGGCGAUGUGCUAGAAGGAAGGCUAUGUAAACGUGGAUGGGUCCUGCAGGAGCGAGCACUGGCGCAUAGGACGAUUUACUUCACUGAAAGACAGACAUACUGGGAGUGCGGCCAAGGGGUACGCUGCGAGACAAUGACAAAGCUGGAUAACAAUGUUGCCGCGUUCCUCGGUGAUCCACGAUUUCCCACAAUCGCCAUGAACUCGCCAAGGGGCGCCAAAAUCCAUCUCUACCAAGACUUGUACAAGCAAUACUCGCGUCUGCAGUUCUCUAGAAAUGAAGACAGACCCUUCGGUAUAGCUGGUCUUGAAAAGAGACUCAUCCAAAGCUUCAAGACCCACGGCGGCUACGGUGUCAUUGACGAUGGCGGUGGACUACUACGACGCAGCCUUCUUUGGCAGAGAGGAUCUGAUUCAACCCUCGAUAGAAUCAUCUUCCCUGCCGAAAGAGACCUCGAAGUUCCUACAUGGUCAUGGAUGGCCUACAAAGGAGGAAUCGACUAUCUGGAGCCUCCGUUUGAUGGCGUGGACUGGGAGAAGAGUGAGAUCCAGUCUCCAUGGGCUAACAAGUCGCCGGAUGGGUUUUAUCACACUUCGGACAAAAGCCUGGGAAUCAGUCUCAGCGCUGUUGCUCGUGAGUUUUCUCAGCUCGACGGCCAUCACUCGGCGAGCAAGCUCAUCUUUGACAACCCGGCAAAAAGUGAUGGCCAACUACCAAACGACCCCGGAUUCUUCUUCUUCUCGUCAAUCGACGCUCCACAUCAUCGACCGAGACCACGCGACACAAUGGCAUCCGCACCCGAAGCCCCGACCGCCGCCAUCCCCGCCGAAGCUGUCGGCGACGCGCCCGCAGCCUCGGGCGGCCAGAAAGUCGACCCCUGGAAUGUGUCUGGAGAAGUCGGCACUGAUGGCAAGGUCAAGGCCAUUGACUACAAGAAAAUCGUCGACGAGUUCGGAACGAAGCUGAUUGACGAUGCCCUCCUCGAGCGCUUCGAGCGCGUGACUGGUCACAGACCUCACCAUUUCCUCCGUCGCCAGAUUGUCUUCUCCCACCGCGAUCUCGACCUCAUCCUCGACCGCGUCGAGAAGAAGCAGCCUUUCUUCAUUUACACUGAUGAGAAGUUCCUCUUUUCUGAGAAGAGAACGGUCGAGGAGGUUCAGCACUACACAAGAGAAAAUGCCAAGGACAUCAUUGCAAUUGGAUUCAAUCCCGAGAGGACCUUCAUUUUCUCCGACUACGACUACAUGGGCGGCAACUUCUACAAGAACGUCACGCGUGUGGCCAAGAGAAUCACGCUCAACACAGCCAAGGCCGUCUUCGGCUUCGACGACAGCUCCAACAUUGGCAAGGUUCACUUUGCCAGUAUCCAAGCCAGCUCCUCCUUUGGCAACUCAUUCCCCCACAUCUUUGGCGAUGACGAGGCGAAGACUUCUCAGAUUCCUUGCCUUAUUCCUUGCGCCAUUGACCAAGACCCCUACUUCCGUGUGACAAGAGAUUGUGCCGCCGGCCUGCGCUACGCCAAGCCCUCCCUCAUUCACUCUCGUUUCCUCGAUGCUCUUCAGGGGCCCGGCUCCAAAAUGUCGGCGUCGAUUGAUUCAAGUGCCAUCUUCUUGAACGACACACCCAAGCAGAUCCAGAACAAGAUGAACAAGUAUGCCUUCAGCGGUGGCAAGGUUACUGCCGAGGAGCAGCGCGCUGAGGGAGCCGAUCCGGAUGUCGACGUCAGCUACCAAUACCUGCGCUUCUUCCUCGACGAUGAUGAGGAGCUGGCCAAGAUCCGCGAGGACUACCGCACAGGGAAGAUGCUCACCGGCGAGAUCAAGAAGAGGUGCGCCGAGGAGCUGGCCAAGUACUGCACGGCCUUCCAGGAGAGGAGAGCCAAGGUGGACGAGGAGACUGUCAACCUCUUCUUCUCCCGCCGGCCGUUGUCCUGGGGCCUUGCCGAGAACCUCAAGUCGAUCCCUAUCCGCGAGGCCAACACCGAUGGCCCCGCUGAGGGUGCCGACGGCAAGAUGACGAAGAAUCAGCUCAAGAAGCUGGAGAAGCAGCGCCAAAUUGACGAGAAGAAGGCCGCCAAGGCAAAGGAAAAGGAGGCUGCCAAGGCUUCUGCAUAG